AGGGAGAAGAAACGGGGUGUUGCCGCCUGUGAGACACACUCACGCAUCACAGAGCAGCAGGGGCGAGGACAGAGCAUCCCUCCAUCCCACUCCCUGGGAGAAAAAAAAACAAGGCUGCCGCUUCUGUUUCGUUAGUUAUUGUUUUUUUUUUUUUGUAAAUUAUUGAAGCCGAGCAAAGAGAAGACGUGCAUUAUUAAAACACAAUCACAGCCGACGUAUCGCGGAGACAGAGUGCGGAGCGAGCAGAGAAGAGAAGAGAAGAGCUCAGAGCGGGAAGCGGACGGAGCGUGUUUUCAGCACCUCGGACAGCGGACAUGGCUCCGAUAGUGGAGGAGGGAGCUCAGCUCGUGGCAGUGCCAGUAGGUGUUGCCGUGGUGAGCGUCUUCGGCCUAGUCUUCACUGUGUCAGCCUUUGCCUGGAUCUGUUGCCAACGCAAAAACACCAAAUCCCAGAAGACACCUCCCUACAAGUUUGUGCACAUGCUCAAAGGGGUGGACAUCUACCCGGAGAGCCUCAGCGGCAAGAAGAAGUUUGCUGCACCUGCCACCACGACGGCUAACGACAGUAAAACAGACGUUAAUGGAAACUGCCACACUACGUCACUAAUGAGUCCGACUGGCACCAGUAAACUGGCGUCAAGUCCAAAUGAUGGCAGACCUGCUCUGCAUCUGGAUCUGGAGAAACGGGAUCUGAAUGGCAACUUCACCACUAAACCAUUUCAUCACCACCACCAGAAGGUGCGGAGCUCCCCAGACCUGGAGCUGCCCUCUCCCCAUGCAGGGUUCACCCAACCUGGGGUGAUGGACCGCCGUGACCUUCCCUCACCAUCCAGCACCCUUUCAAGCCAGGCGCCCACCCCGGCUGUAGACAAGUCCCACAGUGACGAGAAGGAGGGCGGACUUGGGACUCUUCACUUCUCCUUAGAGUACCAGCCGGAGAAGAAGGCGUUCAUUGUCCACAUCAAGGAAGCUCAUGGCCUGACUCCAACUGAUGAGCAGUCGCUGACCUCUGACCCAUACAUCAAGCUGACCCUGCUGCCAGAGAAAAAACACCGUGUGAAGACCAGAGUCCUGAGGAAGACUCUGGACCCCGCCUUUGACGAGACCUUCAGCUUCUACGGGAUCCCGCUGGCCCGAGUCUCGGAGUUGGCCCUUCACUUCAUGGUGCUGAGCUUUGAUAGGUUCUCCCGUGAUGAGGUCAUCGGCGAGACCCUUGUACCCUUGUCUGGGAUUGACUUAUCAGAGGGGCGUGUCCUAAUGAGCCGAGAGAUCAUCAAGAGGAAUGUCAAGAAGUCCUCAGGCCGAGGCGAGCUGCUGCUCUCCCUGUGUUACCAGUCCACCACCAACACCCUGACUGUAGUCGUCCUCAAAGCUCGCCACCUGCCCAAGACUGAAAACAAUGGACCUACAGAUCCUUAUGUCAAGGUCAACAUGUACCAUGGGAAGAAGCGUGUGUGUAAGAAGAAGACCCAUGUGAAGAAGUGCUCCCCCAACCCGGUCUUCAACGAGCUCUUUGUCUUUGAUUUGCCCUCGGACGAGGGCCUGAGAGACACCAGCGUGGAGCUGCUGCUGAUGGACUCAGACACAAGCAACUCACGCUGCCCCAACACCGUCCUCGGGCGCCUGGUGCUCGGCACGUCUGCAGCGGGCACCCCUGGCGAGCACUGGAGGGAGAUCUGCGACCACCCACGUCGCCAGAUUGCCAAGUGGCACGGCUUGUCAGAGGAUUAGAACGUCAUCCUGUUGGCAGUUUCUGUUGUUCAUAUUUGAUCUGGUCCGACCACAAGAGGGAUGGAAUGAGGAUGGGCGGGAUUUACCAUCUCACUAGCCAGUACCCAUUGGACUUCAGUGAGGGUGUGUGGGAAACAAAGGGGAGGGGACUUUGAUGUUGAGAGGGGGGCCAUCUGAAGUGAUGUCAUCAUUCAAUCAAUCAUUCAAUCACUUAUCUUUGAAGUUAUUGGGGUUCAGCGGGGAGGGUGGGGCGUGACAAAAGGAACCCCAUAGCUUUAAACGAUCCCAAAGACUGUCACCGAAAAUCACCUGGUAACAUGCAACGUCAUCUCCAUGGCAACAACCAAUUGUCACUGUAACCGUGUGCAGUGCAGAAUGUCUUAAAUGUCGCUAAUACUCUUCUUCUUCUCUUCUUCUUCUUCUUCUACUUCUUCUUCUCCUUCUUCUUCUUCAGCUCUUCCUUCUAUAAAUAGUAACCUAGUCCAUCAUACGAAAACCAGAAUGAAACACAUCUGACAAUGCUGUAAAAAAUGUGGAUUAUUAAAGUUUAUUUUAUAAUGACAAUGUUUUCUUCAUAAUAUGUAGAUUGUUUUUAUUUACGUUUUUGUUUUGUACUCUUAUAGUUGAUUUGUUGAACAUGUUUUGUAAGUAUAAGUGGUAUUUCAUAUAUCAUUAAGUACAAGAAAGCCUAAAUUAGGUGGUUUGAGAAAAUACUGGAACAGAUUGAGUGCAUUGGGGACAGUUAACUAUGGAUGCGUUCGUGUGUGUGUGUGUGUGUGUGUGUGUGUGUGUGUGUGCAUGUGUGCGUGCGUGCUUGUGUGCACAUGCACACAUGCGUUGUGAUAUGAGAGUGCUUUUGCUAAUGCGACUGUGUGUGUAUGGGUGCACGUGUGUGUGUUAGCUCUGACGAGAUGUGAGCCACAUACUGUUUACUGUAGGUGUUUUGUCCCCCUUACUGUGAGCACAAAGACAGCUGAAGUGUAAAUGUAUGUACCUUACUAUAAAAUAUGGCAAGUUCUAAGAAAACA